AUGGCCUCGGGCCGGAGAGGCUGGGACAGCUCCCACGAGGAUGAUCUGCCCGUGUACCUGGCGCGCCCGGGCACCACGGACCAGGUCCCGCGGCAGAAGUACGGCGGCAUGUUCUGCAGCGUGGAGGGCGCCUUCGAGAGCAAGACGCUGGAUUUCGAUGCGCUGAGCGUGGGGCAGCGGGGAGCCAAGACCCCGAGGAGCAGCCAGGGCGGCGGCCGCGGCGCUGGGAGCAGAUCGGGGCCCGAAGGAGACUCCCCGCGCAGGGGCCCGGGCCGGGAGGAGAGCCGGGAGCCCGCGCCCGCGCAGCCCGCGCCCACCGGGGUGGAGAUCCGCAGCGCCACCUGCAAGGAAGUUUUGCAGAACCUCGGCCCCAAGGACCAGAGUGACCGCCUUCUUAUCAAGGGAGGCAGAAUCGUCAACGAUGAUCAGUCCUUUUAUGCUGAUAUUUACAUGGAAGAUGGCCUCAUCAAGCAAAUUGGAGAUAAUCUGAUUGUCCCUGGAGGGGUGAAGACCAUCGAGGCCAAUGGGAAGAUGGUGAUCCCUGGCGGCAUUGAUGUCCACACUCACUUCCAGAUGCCCUACAAGGGGAUGACCACAGUGGAUGACUUCUUCCAAGGGACAAAGGCUGCCUUAGCUGGCGGCACCACCAUGAUCAUCGACCACGUGGUGCCCGAACCCGAGUCCAGCCUGACGGAGGCUUAUGAGAAGUGGCGGGAGUGGGCCGAUGGGAAGAGCUGCUGUGACUAUGCCUUGCACGUGGAUAUCACCCACUGGAACGACAGCGUGAAGCAGGAGGUGCAGAGCCUCAUCAAAGACAAAGGAGUCAACUCCUUCAUGGUUUACAUGGCCUAUAAGGAUCUGUACCAGGUGUCCAACACAGAGCUCUAUGAGAUCUUCACCUGCCUGGGCGAGCUGGGAGCCAUCGCUCAGGUCCACGCUGAGAAUGGGGACAUCAUUGCCCAGGAGCAAGCCCGGAUGUUGGAGAUGGGGAUAACUGGCCCAGAAGGCCAUGUGCUGAGCAGACCAGAGGAGCUGGAAGCUGAAGCUGUGUUCCGUGCCAUCACUAUCGCCAGCCAAACCAACUGCCCUCUCUAUGUCACCAAGGUCAUGAGCAAGAGUGCAGCUGAGCUCAUCUCACAGGCCAGGAAAAAAGGAAACGUGGUGUUUGGAGAGCCCAUCACUGCCAGCCUUGGUACAGAUGGAACCCAUUACUGGAGCAAGAACUGGGCCAAGGCAGCUGCGUUUGUGACAUCCCCACCUCUGAGUCCUGACCCGACCACUCCUGACUACAUCAACUCCUUGCUGGCCAGCGGGGACCUGCAGCUCUCUGGCAGUGCCCACUGCACCUUCAGCACCGCCCAGAAAGCGAUCGGGAAGGACAACUUCACGGCCAUUCCCGAAGGCACCAAUGGGGUGGAGGAGCGGAUGUCUGUCAUCUGGGACAAGGCUGUGGCCACAGGGAAAAUGGAUGAAAACCAAUUUGUGGCUGUGACGAGCACAAAUGCUGCAAAGAUCUUCAACCUGUACCCCCGCAAGGGAAGAAUAUCUGUGGGUUCCGACAGCGACUUGGUGAUCUGGGAUCCAGAUGCUGUAAAGAUCGUCUCUGCCAAGAACCACCAGUCGGCUGCAGAGUACAACAUCUUUGAAGGCAUGGAGCUGCGUGGGGCUCCCCUGGUGGUCAUCUGCCAGGGCAAGAUCAUGCUGGAGGACGGCAGCCUGCACGUGACCCAGGGGGCCGGCCGCUUCACCCCAUGCAGCCCCUUCUCAGACUACGUGUACAAGCGCAUCAAAGCCCGGAGGAAGAUGGCAGACCUGCACGCCGUCCCGAGGGGCAUGUAUGACGGCCCAGUGUUUGACCUGACCACCACGCCCAAGGGGGGCACCCCCGCAGGCUCCACCCGGGGCUCCCCCACUCGGCCGACCCCGCCCGUGAGGAACCUCCACCAGUCAGGAUUUAGCCUGUCGGGCACCCAAGUGGAUGAAGGGGUCCGCUCGGCCAGCAAGCGCAUCGUGGCGCCCCCUGGAGGCCGUUCCAACAUCACCUCCCUGAGUUAA